AUGCCCAACGACGACAUCACACACCCCAUCCCCGACCUGACCGGCUACAUCACGGAGGGCCAGGUGUUCGUGGACCGGGCUCUGCACAAUAGGCAGAUCUACCCGCCGAUCAACGUGCUGCCAUCUCUGAGCCGAUUGAUGAAGUCCGGCAUUGGCAAGGGCAUGACACGGGACGACCACCCCAACGUCUCCGAUCAGCUCUAUGCCAACUAUGCCAUCGGCCAGGACACCCGCGCGAUGAAGGCCGUGGUGGGUGAGGAGGCCCUCAGCGAGGAUGAGCAUAAGUACCUGGAGUUCACUGACAAGUUUGAGCUGAAGUUCUUGGCGCAGGGCGCAUACGAGAACCGAGACAUCUUCACUUCUCUGGACAUUGCUUGGACGCUGCUGCGAAUCUUCCCCCAGGAGUUGCUGAAGAAGAUCCCGCAGAAGCUGAAGGACAAGUACUACGACCGGGAGAAGGAGAUCCAGAAAGCUGUGCAGAGCUCCAACGUGGUGGUCAUCACAGACCCGAGGCGACAAAGCCUGGACCAUGAGCUGGACGACGAGCUCGCCAAGUUUCCGGAGUACUGGGUCACUCGCGACUGCCCGCAACCCUUCCACAACAUUGUGGAGUGCGGAACGGAAGAGCUUACCCACGUACAGGAGAUCAUGGACCGGACCAUGUAUGCUCCCGGCGAGGCACCGCAUCGAUGCAAGAUCCAGAAGCUCUUGCGUGUGGAGGAUUCCAAGAUGUGGAACACAUACGAGAGGAGCGUAGCAUGUCUUGCGGAAGCUCGCACACAAGAGGACGAGCCGCCUGAUGUGAUCCGAACGCCCCACUCCGGGACCGAGUGCCCCAGGCCUUUGACCUGGCGAGUCGCCUCGGAUGACUUCCGGAGUCGGCUUCGCCUCGAGUGCAAUGAGGCAUACUUAUGGCACGGCACAGACCGCAAAUCAGCCGAGAGCAUUAUAGGUGAUUGGCUGAGAUGA